AUGACAGUCAACAGCAAAGAAGAGUUUGGGAGGAGACUCAUCCCCCAAAUUCUUGAUCGUCUUGCCUUGGCUGAUCCAGAACGUGUCAUCUACUCUAUUGCCUCUUUUCCCAACGAUCAACCAAGUUUUCGAGAUAUUACUGCCCGGGAGUUUACCAAAGCUGUUGACAAGACGGCCUGGUGGCUUCAACGGGAACUGCACUCAACGAAUGGAGUUUCCAAUGGAGAUGCGAUUUUAUCGUCAAAGAUCCAAGCUCUGGAUGACAUUCGUCAUGCUCUCUUGACCUAUGGCGCCGUCAAGGCUGGCUGUGCAGCUCUAUUUCUGUCACCUAAGAAUAAUGUCACAGGCGCUCUGGCUGUACUCAAUGCUUCAGAUUGCGGCAUAUGGGUCAAGCCAAAAGAACAGCCAAUGUUUCCUCUUCUAGAAGGAAUUUUACAGGAGAAGUAUUUGAAGAUUCUUGAGCUCCCAAGCAUAGAUGAGCUCUUUGAUACUGAGUCUGUGGAACCUUUCCCUUUUGACAAAACAUUCGAAAAGUCCAAGCAUGAGCCAUUCUGUAUUCUGCAUACAUCGGGGACAACUGGUGUGCCAAAGCCCGUCUUUUGGACCCAUGCCCUCAUCGGAACUAUGGAUGCUGUUCGUCUGCUUCCACCUACUGAAGGUGACGGCGGGCUAGCUCCAUGGAUGGACAACUGGAAUCCUGGAGAUAGGAUAUACUCGUCUUUCCCCAUGAGCCAUGGUGCUGGUAUACUCAUGGAUAUUGUCAUCCCUGCGCUAUGCAGUCUACAGUGCAUUCUCGGCCCUCCAAGUGUUUUGCCUAAUCUUGGGUUGCUCGAAGCACUCGCAGACCAUGCCAAGAUCGACAUCUGGAGCAUGGUACCUUCACUUGCAGAUGAGUUAGGUGAACAUCCAGAUGUAUUGGCCAAAUUCAAACCUUCCAAGUUCAUCUGUGCCUCAGGUGGCCCUGUUAGUCCACUCAUCGUGUCUGAAGUCAACAAAGUCGUCAGGGUCCUCAACCUGACCGGCACAACCGAAGGCCUCUUCAUUGGUAACCUAUGGGUACCUAGAGAAGACUGGCAUUGGUUUGCCUUCCAUCCCUAUUCAGGAUUUGAGUUCAAAGAAAUCCAUCCCGGCAUCUUUGAACAAUGGAUACACCGUAAUGAGCAUUGGGAACUAUUCCAAGGCAUUUUUCACACCUUUCCUGAUGUUGACUCUGUCAACCUCAAGGACAUGUAUGUCCGGCACCCUGCCAAUCCCAACCUCUGGGCUUUUACGGGCCGUAGUGACGACGUUGUUGUCUUAUCCAAUGGCUACAAGAUCUCGCCUCUAGACACGGAAGCUUUAAUAAGUACACAUCAUGCAAUCGAUGGAUGUCUGUUGAUCGGUUCCGGAAAGUCUCAAGCCGGCUUACUCAUCGAGCUCAAAGAUCCGUCUGAGAGGAACAACGAGCUCUUUGACAGCAUCUGGGCCAUGGUUGAGAGAGCGAACAAUUCCACCUUUCAGAAGACUCGAAUCCAAAGAGAUUACAUCGCCUUUGCGGAGGCGGAUAAACCAUUCAUACGCACCGACAAGAGGACCGUCAAGCGACGUGCGACUUUGGAACUCUAUACCGAUUUCAUCGAGCGAUUCUAUGGUUCCAGGAAUGAGGAAGUCGAGGACGAGGAUUUCGACCAAUUCUCGAUCGACACAACUUCGACCGAGACUCUUCUAGCCUCUGUUGUUCACAUCAUGCGGUCGGUCUUGCCUGACGUCGAGGAGAUUUCCCCUGACGAGGAUGUCUUCGAUCUCGGUCUAGAUUCUCUUCUAGUCGUUAGAGUCAUCCGGAUCAUUCGUGCCGUUACGGGUCUAGAAGAGCAGCUUGCCCCCAGGCACCUCUACGCCUACCCUACUUUGGAGGAGUUCUCGUCACAGGUCGGAAAGAUUCUUGACCAAGAAAAGGCCAAGAAGCUUGCCGUGCCCGAGAUCACCAAUGAAGAGGGAUCAGGCAACAAGGUAGACACUUCUCUGGGUACUGAUGCAGCCAAUCUGGGAAAGCUCAUUGCUGAGCGCAAACGAAGACUCGGGUCCAAGAUGAACCCUUUCGAUGCAGUGAAUCCCAAUCACUACAUGGGUCUGAACUUCUACUUUGCUCUUCGCCAGGGUGUUAGCUUCGAGGAAGCCUUUGCCAAACUUCAGAGAGGUUUGGCGAAGGCUUUUGAGAUAAUUCCGGAGCUUGACGGCAGGAUGAUACUGGCUUCAGAGCACGAAUUUGGCUACAAAAAGGGAGAAUAUCGCAUCACGAUCCCUACGGAGCCGCUUCCCGCAUCUUCAAAGCCGAGGCAACUCGUCUAUAAAGACUUGUCUCAGGUACUUCCAUCAUUCCAGAAGAUGCGCGAAGCCGGAUUCUCGCCGUCUUUGUUUAGUGACAGGCUCGUUCUGGACUGCUAUCCAUUUCCAGCCAUGCCAGCUGAUAUCCUGUUUGCUCAAGCCAAUUUCGUCCAAGGCGGGUGCAUUCUCGCAACCAAUUUUAUCCACACCUGUCUUGACGCUGUGGGAGUCAUGAUGGCUAUGAGAGUCUGGGCUGAAUGCUGUAGAUAUUUCGACGGGGACGAGACAGCCACUUGCGAUUGGUUCCACCCCGAAAGCUUCAAUCACGAUCUUCCGGAGAUCAUCUGGGAGCAAGCUGGAUAUGCAAAGCCAGUUCAUGAAGUAGAUCCGGGCACAUGGGCAUAUCUGCCAUUCCCAGAGAAGAUUGCAGAGACGAGGCUUCUCCAAAAUGGUGAUAGCACUACGCAACAGAAUGGCCUGUCGCUGAGUCUUCCCCCAGCGCCCAUUUUUGCGGGCAGCCCUGUGUGGCCGGCUGCCCCAAGCGAGCGAUCGCUAGAAACCACUGUUUUCCUACUAUCUGGCGAGAGCAUCCAUAAGCUCAAGCAGGAAGCCCUGGCGGAUGCAGAUGCAGAUGCAGAUGCAAAGAACCGGUCUACGUCAAUUAUCGAUAUUGUGCAGGCAUUCUUUUGGCGCGCCUCUAUACGAUCUCGUUACAGAGUGGCCAAAGAGCAUCGCAAUCACGAGUUCAAGGCCGAUGAGAUGUCAAUUUUGGAGAUGCCAAUUGACGGCAGGCCUUAUUUCUCCUCUCAAUUGCCUUCCUCCUACAUGGGUAGCUUACUCAUAAUGAAUCGACCGAGCAUGCCAAUUGAAACGCUCUGCUCAUCUGACACAAGUGUCGCACAAAUUGCCGGUGUCAUUCGAGAAGCAGCCGCUCGUAUCACUCCGUCACUGGUACAUGACACGUUUACUCUUCUGCGGUCCAUGACAGACUACAGCAAGCCUGCAACAGCAAACAUGGGCCUUGAGCAUAUGCAUGCCAUGAUCUCCAACAUGAUGCUGUUCGAGACGAGCGACAUUUCAUUUGGUGACUCAUUCUUUGCUGGUGGUAGUCCUGAGGCGAUGCGUCCUCAAAUUGAACGUGGACACAGACGGUUUAGGUUCUUGGUGAUAUCUCCCAUGAGAAAGGAUGGUGGCGUGGAAUUGGUCUUGGCUACGUUGCCUGAAGAGUUAAAGAUGCUUCUCAGUGAUGAGGAAUUUACCAAAUCACCCUUGUUCAACCACUGCUGUGAGGCAAUUGAGAAACACGCUCACAAUCCUUCCAACAAUAACGAGAUCCCUGUCUACCUGUCCGCCACUCGUACGGUACAUAGGAUCGCAGCCAACGACAACAUGCUCACAGGGAGAUGGUAA